GAAAAUGCUAUUCGCAUACGCCAUAUGUGAUCGAACUCGAUUGCGAUUGAGAAUGAUAAAGCGAGUUGAUCCGAUUCUGAUCGCAAUUUGGGACCAGGCGCUUUUUCAGGCACGUACAUACGUAUGUCUGAUUGUUGCAGUAUACUCGUAAAAGUGACUAUUGUAUUCUUGAAAUUGAUCAUGAAAGCCUCAACAUUUGUGAUAGUUGAAAGAUCAUCACCCUUGACUCAGUUAACGGAAGAUUAGCGACCUUGUUUGAAGGUAAACAUGAGAGAAGGAGUCAGAGCGAAGCCUCUGGGCUAACGACCAUGGUAAACGACCAAGGGAUGUCGGAUAUGAUUUUAACUUGUACCGAACACCAAGAACACCGCCGCGGUCAGGCGUAUGUAUAUAUAAAUCCUGGUCUCCCGGAUCUUAUGCUCAUUGUCAGUUAGAUACGCGCGAGGUAAACGCCACUUGGUUGCAAAGUAUUGCGAAUCUUUAUAGCGUCUAAAAGCAACAUUUGCAGCACUUGAUGACUUUUAUGUUACUAUUUCAAAAAUCUAUUAGCCGUUGAGAGAAAUAAAAGUAAGAUUGAAGUAAAAAGUGAAGAAAUAAAAACUAUUAUUACUGUAUUUCCGCCAUCAAAUAUAUUAUGUACUAUUUGAGACACGAGAGAUUUGAGACACAUCUUGUAAAAUACAAUAAGAAAAAACAUCGGAACGUCAAAUGCCGACUAACUGCAUAAACAUUGUCUUGUUCAUCGUAAUAGCAACUUGCACGGCUACGCCAAUUCUUUUUCUAUCUCCCGAAGGGACGCUCGCCCAUCCAGCUGUCGUAAUUAAUUCUGCAAUGGAAGAUAAUUUGCCUAAUCAAUUACGAAAUAAUUUCUAUAAAGAUCCAAAUAUCGCUGCUGGUCUCGCUAAGGAAUCCUGGUUCAGCAAUAAGGAAAUGCAGGUAGUCGACCGAGAAACGGACAAAAUACCAAGAGAAAAGAUCUACAGUAUGUUGCAUAACGCUGGACUCGUUCGCAGAUAGCAUCAAGACAAUGAAGAAAACUAUGUUGAACAUGUCUCAUCAGUUUCCAUAUAUCUAUACAAUUUGCUUGCUCGUGCGUUCGUACGCUAUCUUUCUCCAUUUAUUACAUAAUGUCACAUUUUUAUUCGACUAUAUGUAUAUGUAUGUAUAAUAUCCCAGCGAGAAAUGACUCGUCGAUCGACAUGUCGGAACGAUAUCGAAUCAUUUCAAUCACUGGUAUAUACACUAUUUUUCCCCCCACACACUGCGACGUACCUACUGAUCUGCUCCUAAAAAUAAAUAUUCUUUUGAUACCCUUUCUUCCGAAAGCGAAUUUACGUUUGGUGGAAAGAAAAGAAAGAAAAGAAAACUGAAGAAUAAGUGCGAGUGCAAAUCCAACAUUCCUUGUUCGUUCCCCUGCACGCAUGCCAAUCAUGCCAUAAUGAAUUGUAUAAUGAUUUCUAUUUAUUAAUAUUAAUAAUAAAUUGAUACACAUAUUUGUUCAAAA